CUUAGCUGCGUGAGAGAAAAAUUUAUAUAAACUUGAGUGAAAUUUACGAGAGUACAACCCAACGUACUGGUGUGAAGAGAAGAGUUUAUAUUGAGUACUAAUCCAGAGUACAAGAUGAGUCCCAUGCCAAAUGAACUCCGCUGUAAUCAAGCUCCGAGUGAAGGAACUUCCCCGGGACAGACGAAGAAGAAGAACAACAAGACGGAGGUAAUACUGGUAACUGGUGGGGCUGGGUUCGUCGGCUCCCACACCCUGAUCGAACUGCUACAGGCGGGGUACGAAGUGGUGGUUGUAGACAGCUGUAUUCGAUCUAAACCCCCUCAGGAUGGUCAGAGGUUACCCGCCGUUCUAGAGAGGGUUGAGGACAUCACUGGCAAGAGAUUGACUUUCCAUAUGAUCUCUCUGUUAGAUCGUGAUGCUCUUAGGAAAGUGUUUUUAUUGUAUAAAGUGGAUGUGGUAAUCCACUUCGCUGCAUUUAAGGCCGUCGGAUCCAUCGGGACGCCUCUUGACUACUACCACAACAACAUUACCGGCACUGUCACCCUUCUUCAGGUGAUGUGUGAGGUCGGGUGCAAGAGGCUGGUGUUCUCCUCGUCAUCUACGGUGUACGGGUCUGCCAAGUACUUCCCUACUGACGAAGAGCAUCCGACGGGCGUGGACGUACGAAGCCCUUAUGGACAGUCUAAGUACGUUUGUGAGCAGAUGAUCAAGGACUUGUACGUGUCUGAUAAGGAGUGGAAGGUGGUGCUGCUACGGUACUUCAAUCCCGUCGGGGCUCACGAAUCUGGCCUCAUAGGAGAAGACCCCCUCGGUGUCCCCAUGAACCUAAUGCCUUACAUAGCUCAGUGUGCAGUAGGAAGGCGUGAACUUGUACAGGUGUUCGGUGGUGAUUGGGACACACCUGACGGCACCUGUGUGAGAGACUACAUACACGUCAUGGAUUUAGCCGAGGGUCACAAGUCAGCCCUGGAGAAGCUUUUCGACAACAGCUUCACGGGAGUUAAGCCGUACAAUCUAGGCUGUGGGAGAGGAGUGUCUGUGUUGGAGAUGGUGACGGCGUUUAGCAAGGCGUGUGGGCAGCAGAUACCCGCCAAGAUCGUAAAAUCGACGAAGAGGGUGACGUGGGCCAGACGAUUUGUUCUGCCAAUUGGCGGAGGAGAGCCAGGGUGGUCGGCCUCCCGCACUGUCGAGAGGAUAUAG